CGUUUUUCUUUUUAGUAGCUGUUUUCCCCCGAAAAGUGUGCAUGGGUGGUCUUUUAAUUGAUGUUUGUCGUUUCGUUGGCUAAGAAAACUUAAUCAUGCUCUUUAUUAAUUGUUUUGUGGUAAUUUGAUUAAUUUUGCUUCAAUUUUACUCGUACUGGUCGAUCGGAACUAGUGUUAGUCAGAGAUUCAUCCUGCGAGAAGUGAAGGAAUGUAGCCGUUUUAGUUUUUAUUUGCUAACGAUAGGUAAAUUCUGCUAACACGAAACAAGAAAAUGGCAAGAGAAUAAGAUUCUAUUGUUGAUACGUUUAUUCGCAACUGCACGAACUAUGCGUGGGUGUACGUGACAAUAAGUUGAAAGUAUAUAAAUGCUCGUAUUUUACUCACCCGGGGCACCCAGUAAUUAGUCAAUUGAUAUGCACAUCAGGAGUCGCCUCUGCGAAAUUGUGCUUGCCUGUUCAUUUGAUUUGUGAGUGAUCGGUGUUAUUGGGUUGGACUAAACGAAUGUUCAAAUCAAACUUGAGAAUAUCAUCGAAGAUACAAGGCUGGACCAAAGCAAACCGAGAAGUCUAUAAAAUUGAUUUACAGGACAGCUUUGGCAGUUGCACUGAAAUAUGACUACAGUCGUUUGCGUUGCUCUGAUGUUAAUGGUUCUCAGUUACCUGGAUGCACAAUCAAAUGCCAAAGAAUUCACCCCAUCGACGAACCUAAUAACACCCGUAGACUCGCCGCGAUUGGAACCUAUUAAUGGAACGCAAAAUUUUCGCAUGCAUGGCAAAAAAGGCAAAGAUGAUAAAACGUGGUUCGACGGUCGUGAGAUGCGAUACAUCUACUGUGUUCGCCCGGCUAAGUGUGAACCCAUCCGGCACAAAUCCUGCCUUGGCUCAUCUUUGCCAUAUUCAUCAAUCAGUUUGGAUCUAACUGAUUCCUUCAGUCAAGAGCAGACCCACGACAAGUUAUACCAGUACAAUGCUUUGCGUAAUGUUCCCAAAUGUUGGGCUGUCAUUCAACCAUUUCUGUGUGCGGUGUUCACUCCGAAAUGUGAGAAAAUCAACGGCAAUGACAUGGUGUAUUUGCCGUCACUGGAAAUGUGUAAAAUCACGUUAGAACCGUGUCGACUUCUGUACAACACUAGCUACUUUCCGGAGUUCCUCAAGUGCAACGAAACGCUCUAUCCGUCCAAGUGUAACAAUGACGUCCGGGAGGAGAUGAAGUUCAACGCUACAGGGCAGUGUUUAAAACCACUGGUUCAGGCUGAUUCUCCUGCAAAUUAUUACAAAGAUGUUGAAGGUUGUGGUCUGCAGUGCAAAGAUCCACUGUUCACCGACGAUGAGCAUCGACAGAUUCACAAACUGAUUGCUUGGGGAGCUGGUGUAUGUCUCACAUUCAAUCUAUUUACUAUCGCUACUUUUGUGAUUGACUGGCGCAACACGAAGAAGUAUCCAUACGCACUUGUAAUCUUCUACAUUAACUUCUGUUUUAUGGUGUCAUGUCUAGGAUGGCUUGCGCAGUUUACGCCGGGUGGUUGGGAAGAUAUUGUGUGUCGCAAGGACGGAACCCUGCGCAGUUCGGAACCUAGUGCUGGUGAGAAUUUGUCCUGCAUAAUCGUGUUCAUUUUGGUGUACUAUUUUCUGAUAGCGUCGAUGGUUUGGUUCGUGAUAUUUACGUAUGUGUGGCAUCGUUACUUUAAAGCCAUCGGAAAAAUUCAGGAUCGGUCAAUACGAAAAAAUGGUUCGUAUUUUCACCUGAUAGCGUGGUCCCUUCCACUGGUGCUAACGAUCACAAUCAUGGCACUGAGUGAAAUAGACGGAAACAGUACGGUGGGCAUUUGCUUUGUCGGGUACUUGAAUCACUCGAUCCGAGGAGGAUUCCUGCUUGGGCCAGUGAUUUGUGUACUAUUUGUCGGCGGUUAUUUCCUCAGCAGAGGACUGAUAACUUUGAUAAAACUGAAAAUUUCAAGUAAGGAGAUUAUACCGGCUCACUUUAGCAAAAAAAUAAGACAAACAAUCGUUCGAAUGGGUAUCUGCACGGUUUUCACUUUUGUAUUCAUCAUUGCCACUAUAUGCUGCCAUAUUCACGAAUUUAGAAACACUGAGAGCUGGGCUAACGCUUUGAGGAAUUACAUAAUUUGCCAAAUUUCUUCCACUUAUACGGAUAUUACCGGUUCGUGCAAAAUACAGCAUCGUCCAAGUGUAGCGAUCAUGCAGAUUCAUUUAAUUUGUUUGUUUGCAUCCGGAAUCGUCAUGUCAUCGUGGGUGUGGACUAAUUCGACACUGAAGACGUGGGGUCGGUAUUUUCGGAGGCGCUUCGGAUCCGACAUAGAGGAACCGGUGAAACUGCAGAAGCAUAAAGUGAUAGCUCAGGCAUUUGCCAAACGAAAGGAGUUUCAAGAUCAAGGAAGGCUUUCGAUUUCGUUUCAUAACUCGUACACCGAUCCGGUUGGAUUAAAAUUCGAUAUGAAUUCAGCUAUGGGCAGCCAUGAUCUCAGUUCGACAUGGGCAAAUUAUCUGCCACGUUUUGUCAACCGACGGUAUGCAUUGACUGGAGCAGCUACCAGUUCUAGUCAUGAUCCGAGGAAGAACUCUGUCGACUCGGAAAUUAGUUUCAGUGUUCGGCAUGUAUCAGUCGAAUCUCGAAGAAACUCGAUAGAUUCACAAGUGUCCGUCAAAAUUGCAGAAAUGAAAACCAAGGUUGCAAGUCGGAGCCGAAGCGGAGUGAGCAGCAGCAAGCAUCAUCAGAAGCACAGACACCAACGUAGGCGCGAUUUCACUGCUUCCGGUAGACGCUAUAGUAGAAAGGAAAGUAGCACUUCAAUGGAAUCGCAAAUUAUUACCGCAAUUCAAAAAGGCAGACAUUCUUCAAGCGGCAAUAGUCAGUUUUUUGGAGCAACGAACAUGCAACGAAGAACCGGUAUAGGCGGAAUGGAUGCCGACCAAUUGAAUGAUUUUAUUUCCAAUGGAAAAUUAUUACUUCCUUUCUUACAUCAAUCGGGUCUGACAUCGUCGGAAGAUGACAAUGGAUCGAAUACAUCGUUCAAAGUACAAGACUCAAAGUUCGAUGUAAUAUUAAAACAGAUUGGUGGAGCCGGAACCUCUCACAGCAGAAUCGACACCCACGACGCUGGAUGCCAGAUUGAAGAAUAUCGCUCUAGCGAUGACGAACAUUUGGACCAAAAGCAUUCCGCGCGGGAUGAUUUCAUCGCUAUGAAAGACGGACUCCGUAGCAGCAAAGAAGGUGGACGCACUAGCAAAAAUAGUUCCAAAAGUGUACGCAGUAAAAAAUCUUCGUCGCGCCAAGGCACGAUUCGGAAAUCUCAAAAACAUACAAGAGCUAGUCAGAAAAGUCAGCGCAAUGAGAAGAAAGAAAAGACGCGUGAGCGAGAGCGUGAAAAAGAACGCGAGAAGGAAUUAGAGCUGAUAGAACGUAAUAACAUUGCGGAUUAUUAUGAUACUUCGUUCACUUCAUACUGUUCGGAACUAUCGCCGCUGAACGUUAAUAGUUCCUAUUCAGGAAUUUCGAUUGCCAAAACGAACUCACGAAAUUCGAAGCGUAGUUGCGAUGUUGGCAUCCAAGCAAACGCCGAUGAAAUCGCAACUCAGACCAUGUCUUCGUUCGAGUUUAGUGAAAAAGCCAUCAAGAACGAGGAGAACGAAGAUAUUUAUACCGAGAACCACUCGCUGCUGAGCCACAAACUGAUGCCGCAGGUCGUCAAUGCGGCGAGAAAACGCGAAUACGUUGAUGUCAGUUUGACCGAAGCCGAAAAACUCAAACUUCUGUUGCUUCCAUCCAAGUAAAGCAAUUACGGAUAGUUUACAUAAACUCACUGUAACGAAAAUACUCGUUCUAAUGCAUCAUUUUAGCGAUUAUAUCUAAGAAUGUCAUUGUAUACAAAUGAACGGAUCAAAUUAGCACCUAGGUCGUAGUUGUAGGAUAGUAACUAAUCGAAUAGUAGCUGAAACAGUCUCACUAUUACUAUGCUAGCUCGAUGCAUAUAUAUUUACCUCGUGAAGGUAGUUGAACCUCAUUAAGAUUCACUUUUGUGAACAAAAAUUAAUAGGUGCCUUUUUGGAUGACAACGUGUUUCGAAACAUCGAACAACACACUGGUUUCUUUAUAGAAUUAAAUCAGACACUAGCAUUUACAUCGUUUCCGCCAGAUCUGGAUACGUAUAUAUGUAUGUAUAGACACCACGCAGUAGAAAUUAGACUAACAUUUACAUUUAACUUGUUCAAAGGUCUUAUUUUAUAUUAAAAUAAUUAUGAAUCUGAAUUUAGUCAGUAAUAUGAGGUCCAAAAAAAAUGAAAGGUAAUGUUAGGGGAUUAGGUUGAUUUGAGCUUUUCACACAAAACUUCGAUGCCCAUAAUUUACAAACUUAUAAUGUAGGCCGAGAAGAUUUUUGAAUCUGAUAACAGAAAUUGCUUCUUUCAAUAAGAUAAUUACCCGAAGCAUCGAAGCUGCCUCCGUCGCGCUUCGAAAGAGAAAAAUGCUUGUAGCAAGCUUGAACUGAUGCUGGCAAUUUCCUGCGGAAAACAUCGAAAACAUCUUGACUAUCGACGAGAAAAAUUGCAGGAAAGCUGUUAUCUCUGAAAAUUAGAAAAACUGCGUUUAAAACUAUGUCGGAAGCUGAUUUCAAGAUGCCAAGAUACUCUCAUUAUAGAUUGUGGCUAAACUAUUUAGUAAUCAAUUGCAUUGAGCUUUAAGGCCCGGUUUCUCAGAAAACGUGUUUUUUUAAUCAAACGCGUUUCCUGCUUUAAUGAUAUUUCAAAAUUUUACUUUUUACAGAUAAAAGUAAUUUAAAGUUAUUUCAAUAUUGGAGCUCUGAAAACAGCUGCUCACACUCGUCCGAUUUGUGGUUGGGUGUCACCAUUUCUUGAAAACGAAUCAUCGUUAAUCAAAUCGCACAACUGUUUCAGAAUAUUUUCGAAUUGGCUAUGAGGAAAAGACUAUGCUGUUUAGAAAGAAAAAAAGAGAAACGCGAUCGAUCACAAAUAGAGUCCGUCUUCACGAAUAGGUAUCUAGCCCAGCCAGCAUACGUCGCAAUUGCCAGAAACGUUUACGACAGAUUUGCUACAGAAUAAAUCGUUAUAAUUCUUAACUCUUAAAUUUGCAAGAGCUUAGAUGAUUAUAUAAACUGGUUGUGUCAGUUUCCUACAUUGGUCUCAUGUAGUCAAGAAAAUCUUCAUUCUCAAGACAACUACUCAAAACAUCGAAUUACUCUCAUUGUACGCUGAUGUACGUACGAUGUGAUUGGUUUGAAAUCGAUCUUCUAAUCGGAAAAAUUAUUUCGAUCUUCCUAUAAUUUGGCCUUGUGAUGUCUUCCAUAUUGUUCAUAUCUGUUUAAAGUUUAUACUAGCUGUGUCGAUCAGGUUUUAAGAAAAAAGAACAUCAUUGCGUGAAACAAUCGUCUUUCUCACAGUCAAUUGAUCUCAAUGCCCGAAUCAUCGAAUGUUCCGUUGAACCGAGUUGCUAAAGGUAACAAUCAACUCCUUCGGUUUCAACUAUUGUUUUUUUUCUCGGUUCGUACACUGAUAAAAAUUUUCUUGUUGACAUCAUGUACAAAGCAUAUGUAAACUAUCAGUACAUCUUUUUCGUCGCAUUUUGCCUCAUCAGUGCUAAAAGCAGUUCAAAUGGGACUGUUUCUAAACCACAUAGAUCCAAAUUUGGAACGUUUUUAAAUUUUCAAUAAUUAACGAUUUUCCAAAUCAAGUUUUUCUCAAUGUCACAUUCAUUUGACAUAUAAGUAUCUACGUUGUCUAUCGUAGACUUUCCAAUUCAAGUGUUUCUCUUAUACUUUCGUGCUGUACCAAUUUCCAUUUCCACAUGACAAGGAUGUUCCAAACACGUGAAAGAAAAUGUAUCUAAGUAAGUCCACAUGAAAUUAAAAAAAAAUAAUCGAUCGUAUCUGUUUUGAUUUGUAUAGUGUUAUCAAGUUAAUUAUUGGUUAUUUUUUUAAAAAGGCCCGUGACAGUUUCUCUUCGUUUAUUAUCUUAAGUGUUUAACUAAAUAACCUUCACCAACUAAGUUAACAGCACACAUUAUUCUUAUAUUUCGUAUUUUGAACACAAAUUGGACUCACUAGAAGGUUUUAAAUGUCAAGUAAAAAAAACAAGCAUCGCCACGAAAAAAAAACGGUUGUUACUUUUCUGAGUAUAACUUUAAAGCGUAUAGCACUAAAGUAAUAAUUGAUUCCCGUUUCAAACCAUCUGGAACAUUUGCCUAUUCUAUUUUCCGAAAAUAGGAUUUCAAAAAUGGUUUGAACGAAAACGAGUUAGUGAUAAAUUUUGCAUCGUUAGUUAGAGUAAGCCCGCUAGGGUGUUUUACUUAUUUGAUGGUCCUGAUAAAGACUGGAUCCUUUCAACAGAUGGCAUGAAACUACAGAAGAAAAACUACCCGUGUGAGUUGGAUCCAACAACAGUGAAACCUUACCAAGGAUGCAGUAGUCUGUGAAAUUCGCUUCCAAGGUGCAUAUUUUUUUGCUUUUAAUUGUGAGCCAAAACACUCGAAAUAAACCAGCUGCAAGAAACAGAAAUGAAUAACAUCGUUAACUCAGUCCUAAAUUUGGUGUCUACAGAAACUCUGAGGUUGUUUGGGUUGAAUGUGGGUCUAACUUCGAAAGAUAUCGGUCUUAGAAGAACUGUUAAAAAUAAACCGGAUGCGUAGUGUCACUCCCAAUUCCCCUACUGACCGGAAGUCGAAGGUUUCUAGCCUCGUAUAUACAAAACGUUGCGCGGCAAACGUGGAAACUACUUAAUAAUCAAUAGAAGUAAUGAUGUAAUCGAAAAGAAACUGUCACUUGCUUGUAAGGCUGUUUAAAAAAUUAACCGAGAUUUUUGUGUGUCAUAUCACCUUCGGAGGUGAUUUGCAUCAUACAAAUUUACUUGGAAUUUUUAUAUAGAUCUAUGACAGUACCGAUAACGAUGUGUCAAUUCGCUAUUUCAUAUUUACAAUGAAGACUUCUCAUCCAUGAAUAUAUAGAAUAGAGAUUAGUUCUCCGAACAAUUAUUUUUAUAAAUUAUUUCUUACUAAAAGUCACUUGUAGAUAAGAUAUUAUUCCCGUCAGAUUGGAUUCGUUCUGUAUUGGCAGACUAAAAAUAACUCAUGAUAUAUUGAAUCAUUUCUGGUUAUAAUUCUGAACGAUCUGAAAAACUUCAGAGGAUUUGAAUAACUCGAAGAAAUAAUAUGCCUGGCACUCCCUCGGCUCGAUUUUUUGGAUUUGUUCGACUACCCUAAUCUAUCCACUUGAACAGUGAUAAGAACUUCUGGCGAAACGACUGCAUCUUGUCGAACCCAACAUCUAUGAGAUUAAUCAGCAAGUGACAUUCGACCCAAGACUGAUUUAUUGAACAGGAGCAAAUCAAAUAAUAAAUGCUUAGGAAAACAUUUAUACACAAAUUUUUAGGAAGAGUCGAUACACUCAAAUGUGCUAUAACAGUCUCAUAAAAAGUGAAAAAUAACAGUUUCUAGCAUAGCGAAAACAAACGGAUACUAUUUUUUAUAUAUACUAUUUUUCGGUAGGUGUAGAACACGGUCGAAAAGCAAUGAAACUCAAACGCAUUUAACCGAACGAAAUGGAACCAAUAUUUUUCUGUAAAUUUUAUGUUAGACUUAUUAGG